AAAUCAAAGGAAUAGACAGAGAGUGCUAGAAAGGGGGGACUUUUUUUCUGGCCUCCAGUUGUGGACACAGUUGCGCACCCUCCUUCCCCCAACAAAAUCUUGGAGAAAAGAAGAGUCAAGAGUGAUUGGGAGAGCCACUCCCAUGCUUUCAGACAGUCUUGUUUUCUUACGCUCUGCUUUGCCUUCCAGCCCUCUUUGCCUAGAGAAGGCGCCACUAGGCCCUCCACCUCCAGUCAGCUUGCUUCUGAGACACUUCCUGCCUUCAGCACUUGGGCUUAUUAUCUGCCGUUACUCAUUAUCAGUUACCCUUUGUCCAUAUGCUUCCAUUUCCCCUCCAAUUUUCUUUGCUGUGUGGCUUCCUGUCUUUUUUAGACUGUAUUUUGGAAGGGCUUUGGGGGUUGGGAAUGAAGAGAAACACAUUUGAGUCACUGGUGUCUGUCCUUGAAUGUCCCCUUUCUGCUGUCCUCCAUCGUCUGCACUGUGUCCGAGCUCCCCAGUAAUGGAGGAACAGCUCAUGGAUGAAGCUCGUAGCCUGGACUCAUUUUCCUCCUAAUGGGAAGGUGCCAUCUUUCUGCUCCAAGAGUACCUGAUUCCUUUGCCUCUAGAUCUUUGUUCUGCAUUAACUCUCUUAGAUGUUCCAGAAGCCGAAGAUUCCUGUACAUCGUCAAUCUAGAUGCCCCUUUUGAAGGUCACCGCAAAAUCUCCCGCCAGAGCAAAUGGGACAUCGGCGCUGUGCAGUGGAAUCCUCAUGACAGCUUCGCACACUACUUCGCAGCUUCGAGCAAUCAACGGGUCGAUCUCUAUAAGUGGAAAGGCGGCAGUGGGGAGGUUGGCACGACGCUACAGGGCCACACUCGAGUGAUCAGCGACUUGGACUGGGCAGUGUUUGAGCCAGAUCUCCUGGUUACCAGCUCUGUGGACACCUACAUCUACAUCUGGGAUAUCAAAGACACGAGAAAACCUGCUGUUGCGCUGUCAGCUGUAGCCGGUGCCUCCCAGGUCAAAUGGAAUAAAAAAAACGCUAACUACCUUGCCACCAGCCAUGAUGGUGACGUACGGAUAUGGGAUAAGCGGAAACCCAGUACAGCAGUGGAGUAUCUAGCAGCCCACCUCUCCAAAAUCCAUGGCCUGGACUGGCACCCAGACAGUGAGCACAUUCUUGCCACCUCUAGUCAAGAUAACUCGGUCAAGUUCUGGGAUUACCGCCAGCCUCGGAAAUACCUCAAUAUUCUCCCUUGCCAGGUGCCUGUCUGGAAAGCCAGAUACACACCGUUCAGCAACGGAUUGGUGACUGUGAUGGUCCCUCAGCUGCGGAGAGAAAACAGCCUGCUCCUGUGGAAUGUCUUUGACUUGAACACUCCCGUUCACACCUUUGUGGGACACGAUGACGUGGUCCUGGAGUUCCAGUGGAGGAGACAGAAGGAGGGGUCCAAGGACUACCAACUUGUCACGUGGUCCCGGGAUCAGACAUUGAGGAUGUGGCGGGUGGAUUACCAAAUGCAGAGGCUCUGUGCCAAUGACAUACUGGAUGGUGUUGACGAGUUCAUUGAGAGCAUUUCUCUUCUGCCGGAACCAGAGAAGACCCUACACACUCAAGACACAGAUCACCAGCCCAGCGCAAGCCACGGAGAAGAAGAUGGUAAUGGAACCGAUGUCCUAGCCUUAAAGGAAGACCCUCCCAGCAGUUUGCUGGAAGAGAGGAAAUCAGACCAGCUAGGCUUGCCUCAGACUCUGCAGCAGGAAUUCUCCUUGAUCAAUGUACAGAUCCGGAAUGUCAAUGUGGAGAUGGACGCUGCGGACAGGAGCUGCACAGUGUCUGUGCAUUGUAGCAGCCAUCGUGUCAAGAUGCUGGUGACCUUCCCAGCACAGUACCCCAACAAUGCUGCCCCGUCUUUCCAGUUCAUUAACCCUACCACUAUCACGUCUGCCGUGAAGGCCAAGCUGCUGAAGAUCCUAAAGGACACUUCUCUGCAGAAAGUGAAACGCAACCAGAGCUGUUUGGAGCCUUGCCUGCGCCAGCUCGUCUCCUGCCUUGAGUCUUUCGUGAACCAAGAGGACAGUGCUUCUAGCAACCCGUUUGCACUCCCAAACUCUGUCACAACACCCUUACCAACAUUUGCCCGGGUAACCACUGCCUAUGGGUCAUACCAGGAUGCCAAUGUUCCCUUUCCUCGGACCUCUGGGGCCAGGUUCUGUGGAGCAGGUUACCUGGUGUACUUCACAAGGCCCGUGACGAUGCAUCGAGCAGUGUCGCCAACAGAGCCUACUCCUAGAUCUCUCUCAGCCCUGUCUGCGUAUCACACUGGCUUGAUUGCCCCGAUGAAGAUCCGAACCGAGGCCCCCGGGAACCUGCGUCUGUACAGUGGGAGCCCGACUCGCAGCGAGAAAGAGCAGGUCUCCAUCAGCUCCUUCUACUACAAGGAACGGAUGUCUCCUCGCUCUGCCCGGCGACGUUGGUCCAUACAAGCAAUUAACGACUUCCCGAAAUCGAGGAGGUGGAAAAGUAAGCGGGAAGGAUUGGACUCUGGCAAUCGACCCAUUAAGGCUGCUGGGAAGGUCAUCAUUCAGGAUGUUUCCUGCCUCCUUCCUGUUCAUAAGUCGCUGGGAGAGCUGUACAUAUUGAACGUGAAUGAUACUCAGGAGACAUGUCAGAAGAAUGCCGCUUCUGCCAUGCUUGUUGGAAGGAAGGAUCUUGUCCAGGUUUGGUCGCUGGCUACGGUAGCUACAGAUCUUUGCCUUGGUCCAAAGUCUGACCCAGAUUUGGAAACACCUUGGGCUCGACAUCCAUUUGGACGACAGCUGCUGGAGUCCCUACUGGCUCACUAUUGCCAACUCCGAGAUGUUCAGACCUUGGCUAUGCUCUGCAGUGUGUUUGAAGCCCAAUCCCGGCCUCAGGGCGUACCAAACCCCUUUGGGCCUUUCCCUAACCGAUCUUCUAAUCUGAUGGUGUCCCACAGUCGCUAUCCCAGCUUUACCUCCUCGGGGUCCUGCUCCAGCAUGUCAGACCCAGGGUUCAACACUGGUGGCUGGAACAUAGCAGGAAGAGAGACAGAACACAUGUCCUCACCUUGGGGAGAGUCUUCGCCAGAAGAACUCCGCUUUGGGAGUCUAACCUACAGUGACCCCCGUGAGCGGGAACGUGAUCAGCAUGAUAAAAACAAAAGGCUUCUGGACCCUGCCAAUAGCCAGCAGUUUGAUGACUUUAAGAAGUGCUAUGGAGAGAUCCUCUACCGCUGGGGUCUGAGAGAGAAGAGGGCAGAGGUGUUGAAGUUUGUGUCCUGUCCUCCUGACCCUCACAAAGGGAUCGAGUUCGGUGUGUACUGCAGCCACUGCCGGAGUGAGGUCCGUGGCACUCAGUGUGCCAUCUGCAAGGGCUUCACAUUCCAGUGUGCCAUCUGCCAUGUGGCUGUGCGGGGAUCGUCCAACUUCUGCCUGACCUGUGGGCACGGUGGCCACACAAGCCACAUGAUGGAAUGGUUUCGGACCCAGGAGGUAUGUCCCACUGGGUGUGGCUGCCACUGCCUGCUGGAGAGCACCUUCUGAACUUGAGAGAUGAUGGUACUGUCCAAAAUCCCAGAGGACUCUGUAAAUGCUGGAGGAGGCUUUCUGCUGGUGGUAGUGGAAAGUUCCAGAACCCGGGUUAUCUCCAAUGAUUCAGGAGUGUAGUCCCCUCACAGACUGUCAAGCAUCUGCUCCUCCAGCCUUUGCCUUCCCUUCUCCUGGCUGUCGGGGCACGGAUGGUUCUGGACAAAGGGAGGAGAUGCCCGGAGUUGGUCGUCCUGCCCUGUCUGUCAACAUGGUGGAUGUUAUCAUGGGGAAAAGCACCUGUUUCCAGAACCAGUGUCAGCCUCUGAGAUGUUGUCCUUGACCCAGGAUUGGGCUCUCCACAUGCCAGCACAAAGAUCACAUCAGCUGCCAAGACACUGGACGGUAGUGUCAUGGACAAGUGAGCCUAUGGCAUCUGUGACUUCAGAAGUUGGUACCUUUGAGGAGUUAAUGAACAGAGGCCUUAUAAACCACAGUACUAAAGUGUAACAUAUGAUGUACUUAAAGAUUUUUUCCUGGUGCAGGCACUUAAACUUGGGGUCUUGCAUAUUAUUAGAGAGUGGCUGUACCACUGAGUUACAUUCCCAGUCACUUAAGGAUUCUUCCAAUAUAUAUAUAUAUGUAAGUUUCUGCUCCGUCUGCUUUCCCUCAACUAAUAAAGCUUUAUACUUGUGUGAGAGAGAGAAGAAACAGGAA